CAAGAAGGCUUCACCUCUUUCCCUUCAACCCUGCUGACAUUACAUAAUGCAACACAGACUAUAAUGAGCUACUGAUAACUGCGGUUCAGGUCGCAGUAAAUACCUCAGCACCCCUUAACAGGACGUACAGUAGUUACAGGACUCGGAGAGAGACAGAACACGGAGAAUCAGUAACAGUUUCAGCAGAGGAGAAACUGUCUGAGAUAAUAGGACGCAGCCUCUUUAAGGCUCCAAGGAAAGUAGCAAAAGCAACAACGGGUCCACCAAAAGGAGACUCAACGGCUACAUUUUACAUUUUCUGAGUCCUGUAUAAGAAGCAACCAUGAAGCUGAAGUUUCCAAACCGAGGACUGGACGACCGGAUCCCGUCUCACGGGGACCUGGAGAGGAUGGAAAAGGAGGAGGCAGGGGACAGGCCCAAAUGGGACAACAAAGCCCAGUAUCUGCUCACCUGUGUGGGCUUCUGUGUGGGACUAGGCAACGUCUGGAGGUUCCCUUACCUGUGUCAGAGCCAUGGAGGAGGAGCGUUUAUGAUCCCGUUCCUCAUCCUGCUGGUCCUGGAGGGAAUCCCACUGCUGCAUCUGGAGUUUGCCAUCGGCCAACGACUGAGGAAAGGCAGCAUGGGGGUCUGGAGGUCAAUCAAUCCAUACCUGACUGGAGUUGGUAUUGCGUCCUUACUUGUCUCAUUUCUGGUGGGUAUGUACUAUAACACCAUCAUGGCCUGGAUCAUGUGGUAUCUCUUCAACUCCUUUCAAGAUCCUCUGCCUUGGAGCCAGUGUCCCCUCAACGCCAACAGGACAGGUCUGGUGGAGGAGUGUGCUCGGAGCAGCACUGUGGACUACUUCUGGUACAGAGAGACUCUGAACACUUCAACAGCUAUCGAUGAGUCUGGAGGUCUGCAGUGGUGGAUGGUGCUCGCCCUGGUUUCUGCCUGGACUCUGCUCUACGUCUGCACCAUUCGGGGCAUUGAGACCACAGGAAAGGCUGUGUACAUCACCUCCACUCUGCCAUACUUGGUCCUCACCAUCUUCCUCAUCAGAGGACUGACUCUGAAAGGAUCUAUAGAGGGGAUCAAGUUCCUCUUCACACCAGAUGUAAAUGAAUUAAUGAAUCCAUCGACCUGGUUGGAUGCAGGUGCUCAAGUUUUCUACUCCUUCUCUUUGGCCUUUGGAGGACUCAUCUCAUUCUCCAGUUACAACUCUAUUCACAACAACUGUGAGCAGGAUGCCGUCCUCAUCUCCAUCAUCAACGGCUGCACUUCAGUGUACUCCGCAACAGUUAUCUACUCCAUCAUCGGCUUCAGGGCCACGCAAAACUAUGAUGCCUGCACAGCAGACAACAUCCUCAAGCUGAUGAAUGCCUUCGAUUACCCUGAAAACAACAUCACAGAAAGCAACUACGAUGCGACCCUGGCCCACCUCAACCAGACCAACCCAGACAUCAUUCAAGGAUUAGAUUUAGACACCUGUAGCAUGCAGGCUUUCCUCAGUCAGGGUGUGGAGGGAACAGGUCUAGCCUUCAUCGUCUUCACAGAGGCCAUCAUCAAAAUGCCUAUUUCUCCUCUGUGGGCUGUCCUGUUCUUCGUUAUGCUCUUCUGCCUCGGCCUCUCAACUAUGUUUGGGAACAUCGAGGGAGUGGUGGUUCCUCUGCAGGACCUCAACUUACUGCCCAAAUCUUGGCCCAAAGAAGUGUUCUGCGGUCUGACUUGUUUAAUCUCAUUUGCAAUCGGGCUGAUCUUUGCCCAACGUUCUGGAAACUACUGGCUGGCUCUAUUUGACAACUUUGCAGGCUCUAUCCCCCUUCUGGUCAUCGGAUUAAGUGAAAUGAUAGCCAUUGUGUACAUCUAUGGCAUAGAUAGGUUUAACAAGGAUGUUGAGUUUAUGAUCGGACACAAGCCCAACAUCUUCUGGCAGGUGACAUGGAGGGUGGUCAGUCCACUCAUUAUGAUCGUCAUCUUAGUUUUCUACUUUAUAACCCAAGUCAGCAAGAGUCUCACCUACUUGGUGUGGGACCAGGAGGCGGAGAAGUUCCCCACCCUGGAGGCGCGUCCGUUCCCACCCUGGAUCAAUGUCAUCAUCUUCAUCCUGGCUGGAAUUCCCAGUUUAUCCAUCCCGUUGUUCGCCCUGUUCAAAUUCAUCCAGAGGAAAUGCUGCAAGCAGAAGGACUACAGUGACGGAACAGUGGACACUAUCUCUGCCAAAAUACAAAUGAACGACAAAAUGAAGUUGUAGAUAACUUUUACUUAUAUUUAACAAAAUAUUUUAUAAUAAAAUGAAUAUGGACUUGUUUUAUUGUUUAAUGUAUAUUACCCCUUUUUUCUUUCACAUGUCUUGUACAAUGACAGACGAGCAUACUAACUAGUUGCUAAGGACUUUUAUCGGUGGAAAAGUAUAAAGUAAAUUUGAAAUAUUUUCUGUAAAUUAAUGUAAAUUUGGAAAGAGAGAAAUUAUUGCUUGUUUCCCUAGUAUUGCGUGAUUCGUUUCUUGCUUUCUCAUGUUUCACACGUGUAUGACAUGUUGUACAUUAAAGGAAUAGUUGGACAUUUGGAAAAAUGCACUUUUUACUUGCUGAGUGUUUAAUCAGAAGAUCGAUACCAGUCUUAUGUUUGUGCAUUAAAUGUGAAGCUAGCCAGCAGCCAGAUAGCUUAGCUUAGCAUAACAGUUAGCCUGGCUAUGUUGAAAGGUAACCAAAUACCUACUAGCAACUCUAAAACUUACCAAUGAACAUGCAUCUUAUUUGUUUAAUUUAUAAAAUUUGUGGUUGAGUCAGGCUAGCUGUUUCCAUUUUCUAUAAGACCAAGCUAAUAUACCAAGCUAAGCUAACUAGACGUUAGGUGUAGCUAUUUAUUAAGGAUUCAUUUAACUCGGUUUCCAAAAAUGUCUAACUAAUCAUUUACGGCAGUAUUGCAAGUUUACUACAUGCAUUUGUAUGGUAUAGUUAAAUAAUGUUUUAUUUGAAUAUUUUGUAAAUAAUGUCCAAUUGAGGAGCUAAUUGGUGUUCAAACCUGUGAAAUAGCCAACUGUAAGCAUUUAUUCUUGUGUGUUGUUUAUAUCACUGCACUAACACUGCCAUUAACCAUCAGCUUAUGAUCUGGUAAUAACCUGUCAUGAUAUUUUAUUUAAAGGGACAUUUUGUCUCUGAACCAAAAGUACAUCAAAAUAAACGAACAAUUCUUUCUAAGCAA